UGCACACCCCAGCACAGCUGCAACCCUGUCAUAUCCAGCCCAAGCAUGGCCCAGCCCCAGCCCCAGCCCCAACCCGCGGAAGACUUCCUCACGGGCCCGCCACCCCCGGACGCCCACUGCCGCCGCAUCGACUUCGAAAACACCACUCCCCCCAUCCCCGAAUACAAGAAACUCUGCGCAGCCAUCAUCGACAAUGCCCUCACACCCGCCGAAUGCGAGGAACUCCUCCGCCUCGCCGAAUCCAGCACCGCUCCCCCAGGCAAGCCCCCAGUCUGGGACCGCGCGAUGAUCAACAUCGGCGGCGGCCGCCAAAUCAUCGCCACCGACUCGCGCAACUGCGGCCGCAUCAUCUUCGACACGCCGCUCCUCGCCUCGCGCCUCCUCGCCCGCCUCAUGCCCUUCCUCCACGAUCUCGGCAUCGACCGCGUCGACGACCAACCCCUCGUCACGGGCCUCGCCGGCCGAUACAAAUCUUACCGUCUCACGCGCCUCAACGAGCGUCUCCGCUUCCUCCGUUACGAGGGCGGGGAGUACUUCCGUCCGCACUGGGACGCGUGCUACUCCACUCCGGAUCGGACGGAGAAGUCGUUUUAUACGGUGCAUUUGUAUUUGAAUGGGAGUGGGGAGCAGGAUUUGAGGGAGUUGGAGAGGGAGGGGAGGAGAGCAGAGAGAGAGGAGAGAGAGGGAGCAGGAUAUGCAGAAGGGGGAUGGACGGGGAAUUUGGAUAAGGAGGGGGAGCUGUUGGGUGGUGCGACGUCGUUUUUGCCCAGGUAUGAGGAGAAGGAUCGUCUUUUGAGGGUGUUUCCGAAGAUGGGGUCUGUGUUGGUCUUUCAGCAGAGGGAUUUGUUGCAUGGGGGGGAUCCGGUGUUCAGGGGGAGGAAGUUUACGGUGAGGACGGAUGUGAUGUAUGAGUUGGUGUGAUUGUGAUGGUGAUGUUGAUUGGGAUUGUUUGCUUGACAUAACUACUACAUACUCGGGAGGUAUCCACAGCAGGGCUGAAGGGAAGGCAAUCCACAUCCAUUCCUCCGAGACUCGGUCUGUCAUCUGUUUCAGCGAGUCACACAGGUCAUACUCGGUAGGUCCGUUUGUCGUUUGUUGCCCACCAGAAUUCGGUCUGGAAUACGAAGCUGGUUCAACGCCAAUAGUUCCGAGUAGCUGCAGUAGUCUUCUUUUAGCCCUUCAACCACGAUCGAACCUCCCCGCUGCGUCCCGGACCCACCGACCGAUCGGACAGGAUCUCUCAAUCGACAAACCGGAUGCGGAGGUCUGACCGAAUGACUGGAG